AUGGGUGGUUGCUUAUCAAGACCUGAUCCGUUAGAAGGAGGAAAAAACCAUUCCGAUUCAUCUUCCAUUAAACCACCACCAACUGGCUCUCAAAGACCACCGAGUCCUGGAGGACUAAAACCAGAUGGAUAUAUACUAAAAGAUAUAUAUGUUGCUUUAUAUGAUUAUGAAGCACGAACAGAGGAAGAUCUUACAUUUCGUGCUGGAGACAUAUUUACUAUUAUUGAUAAGAGUCAAAAGGAUUGGUGGAUUGCUCGAAAUUAUAAAAGUGGUGCAGAAGGAUACAUUCCAGCUCUUUAUAUUGCACCUCAUGGUGGUCUAGAUGCGAAUGAUUGGUUUUAUAAAAGUAUACUUCGAAAAGAAGCUGAGCGACUUCUGUUAAAUCCAAUAAAUCCACGUGGAUCAUUUCUUGUUCGAAAUUCAGAAAAUGCUCCUGGUCCAUAUUCAUUAUCGGUUCUGGAUAGUGAUGAGCAGCGUGGUCCACAUGUAAAACAUUAUAAGAUUCGAUAUUCAGAAAUAAACCAAGGUUAUUAUAUUGCACCACGUCGUGUAUUUCGUACAAUAGAAGAGUUAGUGGAUAAUUAUAUAAAAAGUGCUGAUGGUCUUUGUUGUCAAUUAACUCAUUCAUGUAUAAGACCGAAACCAAUCACAGCUACGAUAUCAAAAGAUGUCUGGGAAGUAUCAAGAGAUUCUAUUCGUUUAAUGAAAAAACUUGGUCAAGGAAUGUUUGGUGAAGUAUGGGCUGGUAAAUGGAAAGAUAAAAUUGAUGUAGCAGUUAAGACAAUGAAACCUGGUGCAACAACUCCAGAAGCAUUUAUCAAAGAAGCAAAUAUUAUGAAAAAUUUACGUCAUGAUAAACUUGUACAACUAUAUGCUGUUUGUACUCAGCCUGAAGAUCAGCCUAUAUAUAUUAUCACCGAACUUAUGAGUAAUGGAAGUUUAUUAGAUUAUUUAAGAGGUGCAGAAGGACGAGAACUUAAAUUACCAGCACUUGUUGAUAUAGCUGCACAGGUUGCUUAUGGAAUGUCAUAUCUCGAGCGUGAACAUUAUAUACAUCGUGAUCUAGCUGCACGAAAUGUUCUUGUUGGAGAAAACCGUGUUAUCAAAAUUGCAGAUUUUGGUUUAGCACGUAUUAUAAAUGAGGAAAUUUAUACUAUAAAACAUGAGUCGAAAUUUCCAAUAAAAUGGACUGCACCAGAAGCGGCUAUUUAUGGCAAAUUUAGUAUAAAGUCCGAUGUGUGGUCUUAUGGUAUUUUACUUUAUGAACUUAUUUCACAUGGUGAAACGCCUUAUCCUGGUAUGAGUAAUCGAGUAGUUCUUGACGAAAUUAAACGUGGCUAUCGAAUGCCGCGUCAUCAGAAUUGUCCAGAUAAAAUGUAUGAUUGUAUGAUACGUUGUUGGGAUAUUGUAACUGAAAAUCGACCAACAUUUGAAUUUUUACAUUCAUAUUUUGAUGAUUAUGUAACUUCAGCCGGUCCACAAUACUGUCAAAAUUAA